AUGGGGGUAAGCCCCCAGGUAUGGAGGGCCCCCCAAAGGGGGAAAGGUGGGGCAUUGGGUAUCAAUGGUUUUUCCCCCAGUUUGACCAGGGCCCCGGUAUCCCGUGCUACCGUUUCUUGGGAUUUGGGCACCGGGGCCACUGAAAGCCGGGGGAAAACUCCCCAAACCCGUGGCUACUGCUCCGGAACCAAAGACACCCGAAAACCCGUACCCGCAGUAACCAAAAGGUCCCCAAUGCGCAAAUUGUGGGGAAAAGGGUCCCCGCAUCCGGCAAAACCCCCCCAGCCCAAAAGCCCGAUCUGGAGGAAGUGGGGGCAGAAUAGCUUUUUCAACCCAGUCAGGGUACUGCUUAAAAAGGGACCCCGGGGGCAUGAAAACGGUCGUACCCGGCGGGAAACUGGGGCGGGGGAUUCGCAGCCACUAAAGACUUGUUGA